GUUCAUUGUUAAGGUUAAGACCAGUAGUUAGACCCUAAUGAUUUUGGCCUAUAUAUGAUGAACACAGAUUUUCUCAGAGUCUGAAUAUGAAAUAUGCGAAUGAGGUAGCAUUUGUGGACUUUUCUUUACUCUUCUUCAGUUGGCUUCUUCUGGUAUAAACAAGAAUUCCACUAAAUUAUCUAUUUACGGGCUUUGUUCCUUAAUUGGUGGCAGGAGUUCGGUGCCAUUAGAACCCGAUUCAUUGGUCCAUUUGGCCAACAGCCUAAGUGCAUAAUCACACUGAGAAAGUAAGGUGGGAUGGUGAAACCCACAGUACUGAAGAGUGUGGUUGGGACUCUGGACUUGAUUCCGGUGGCAGGUGUGAAACUUAUGUACGUUCAUGUGGAUAGAAACAACAAACCUGCACUGCAGCUUUUUGAGAAGAUGGGAUUUGAGGCAAGUGAUGGACUGGUGGAGGACAACACUUACCUCCUACGUUGCAGUUUGUAAAGAUGAUUACAGAUUUGGUCAUACAUGAAAGGAGUUUAGUGUACAGAGCAGAGAACCAACACUGCCUAGGCCAGAGUUUAUUACUAGUUUUGACAGGAAUUUGAUAUGAUAAUAUGUGUACAACCUUAGAUUUGGAAAUUCAGCACCAACCUCCGCGCAAGCAUAGGCCAGAGUUUAUUACUAGUUUCGAGAGGGAAGCAUAUGGAUACCAUGUAUCGAUCUAUUACAGUUUUAGAACAUCAUUUCUUAAAU